GAGUUGUCGUAAACACAACACAGCGAUGGCGUUACCGUUUCUGCCCGGGAAUUCUCCCAACAGACAGCUGGGGAAGGAGAAAUUUCACAAAUCCCAACAUUUUGACUACUCCAACGGAGUCCCGAUGCUGGUGGGAUGUGAGCGUCCCGGCAUCGGCGGAGAACUGUUAGUCGGCCAGAAGAUUAAGCCAAAGUAUUCCCUCUACCCCAAAGGACAAGGCAGUGGUUUACCAUCAUGGGUGACCUUUGACAAACAGGCUCUGUGUUUCGAGGCUUAUUUUCAGGAAGCUGUGCCUCAGGCACGAGAUGAGACGUACAGGAUCAGGAAGUGUAAGAUCUACUUCUUCCUGGAAGAUGACACCAUACAGGUGGUGGAGCCCGAGUACAAGAACAGCGGCAUCUCUCAAGGAGUAUUUAUUUGUCGCCAACUCAUCCCACUGCCUCCCCCAAAUGAUGACCAGUUCUACAACAUUUUCCAUUUCAACAUCAACCAGCAGAUGGUGCUGUACUCACGCACAUUCACUGUCACCGACUGUGACUCUUUCACGAGGAACUUCCUCACAAAGCUCGGCGUGCGCCUGAAUGAGCCCGCCGCUGUACCCGACGACCCCUACAGCAACCUCCGGGAACAGAUGGAGAAAAGUAUGAAGCCUCUUCGACCGUACGAGAGGCGCGACACUCUGAAGCAGUUCCUGGACCACGACCGCCAAGUCCUGCGCUUCAGCUGCUUCUGGGACGACACGGAGAGCGUGUUCGGCGACCCGCGGGAGCUCGUGCUGCACUACCACCUGGCUGACGACACCAUAGAGAUCCUGGAGAUUAUCUACCCGAACUCUGGGAGGGAUAACCUGCCCAAAUUCCUUCGCCGCAGCAAACUACCCAAGCGUCCUCCGGCCCAGAUGAAGCAGCCUGGACAGAUGGCAGACCGCACCGUGCUCAAUACGUUUGCCUCUGCGAGUCAGGGGAAACGCUUCAUACUGGACAGCCUCAGAACCGGAGCCGUCCACGAGGAGUUUUAUAAGGACAGUGAUCUGGCUGUUGGAGGGGAGGUGAAUGUGUGGGGCAGGAGAGUGAUCCUCACCGACUGUGACCAGUUCACCAGAGACUACUACCGCUCCAAAUACGGCAUAGAGGACUUCACCCCUGUGCAGUACAAAGCUCCCCCGGCCCCGAAGCCCCCGAGGCCUGUGCCCCCCUACAACGGCUUUGGCUCCGAGGAGGACUCACUCAGCUCCUGCCAGGGCCUGCUGCCCAAACCCCCACAGAAAGAUUUCCACAAGUUUAUGGAAAAAGACAGAUGUGGCCUGGACAGCAAUGUGCUGGACUUCCGAGCCAAGAUGGUGGCCAACGAUCCAGUCGACAGAGACAGGGUGUUCAUCAUCUCCUUCUACCUCUGCGACGACUCCAUCAGCGUGUUUGAACAUCCACAGAGGAACUCAGGCGUGCUGGGCGGUAAGUUUUUGGAGCGAGGUCGUGUGAAGAAGCCCGGCCAGGAGCUGUUUAAGAGCGAGCUGUCCGAGUACUUUACAGCUCAGGAUCUGUACGUGGGAGCGACCCUCUGCCUCAACAAAAAGUUCUUCCAGCUCCUGGAUGCUGACGAAUACACCUUCAACUACAUGGAGCAGCAUGCUGAGGAGUUCCCCAAAGCCAACGUGGGAAACAUCCUCAGUAAACUGCGGUCCAUCCCGGAGGAGAAACAGAGCGAAAUCAGGAAGUUUCUGAGUCUCAGUGACCCCAACAACGCCGGCUUCAUCCCCUUUGAGUCCUUCAGGGGCCUGCUGGGAGGUCUGGACUGCGGUCUGUCGGAGCACGAGGUGCUGGUCCUGGGCCGACGCUUCUCAGAGCGCGAGCAGCCCGAGGAGGACGUGGGCCUGAUGCUGGCCGUGGCCCAGGACUUCCUCAGGAAGAAGAGCUUUGAAGAGCUCCCUCACAUGGCCAGAGCCUUCACACACAGCGACCGAAACAAGACCGGCCGUCUGUCCACCAAAGAGACGAGGACCAUCUGUAAGGCCUUCAAGCUCCCCCUGCCUGAGAAGCUGCUGGGAGGUUUGCUCGGCAGGUUUGCAGACAGAGACGAGAUCGACUAUCACGCCUUCCUGGCCGGCAUCAACUGGCUGGAGCACCCUGCUCCUCCAGUGAUGCCCGAAGACUCCUUAAAGUUUGAGGUGAAUGCGAGGUUUGACGCCGGCGAGGCUUCAGUGAAAAACGUCAACUACUCGUCUCUCCUGGAGGUGUUCAGCUUUCCCUCCAACACCGAAGACCCAGCAGCCGUCACCUCAACAUAGACUCCAGGUUUUACCUCACGAACACACACAUAUUAAAGAACACGGUCUAUUG